AUGGAGUCGCUAGCAUCAUACGCCUUGAUCGCCUUGACAGUCGCUUCCUGGUUUCUGGCCAUCAAUUCAGCUCAGGUCUUUGCAUAUGGUAGUCGUACCCUACAUGUUCUCGGCCUAAUCCUUGCAUCCAUUGGCGCUUCUUUGCUGUUCUUGUCCCGAUACCUUGCCAGAUCUUCAACCACCUCUUACGAUGAGUUACCACUCGAUGAGACGGCCUCCGAUGGCUCGCUAUCUCCGCGAUCGCCCGUAUCCCCUAGCCUCAACCACAUUCGUGUUCCUCAGACCAGUCUCCGCAAGAUGCGACUUCUCUUUGUGCUCCUGGUACUCUUGAUAUGCGCUCGCGCCGAGACCACAAGACGCCUGGUCAGAGACGUCCAGUGUCUUGGUCCUGCUUACACUGAAUUUAUACCCUUGUGUCUUGCCGUCGUUGACUUCUGUAUAUAUCGAAGGCACAAAGUCUCCGUUCCUGAGAACAACUCUGAUCUCAGCAUCUAUGAACUCCUGGGACAAUCGUGGGCCACCAACCGCUUUCGCUAUAUCAUCAUUACCGCUAUCUUUGGUGUUUUGAGCGCAAGUAUCCUGCACCAAAGCGAUAGCCCUUCUUCCACGUAUAUUUGCACACCCGCCACUCACGAUAAAAUGAUCAUGAUUCAACGCCUUGCUUUAGUGCUCGACUUUUGCAUUUCUUUCUGUCUGGACGCCCUUCUACGUUCUUACCCUAAUACUGGCAAGGCCUCUCCCGCCAGAUCUCUAAGCAUUACUGGGUGGGCUUGUCUUCUCUCUGCUUCAGCUAUCGGCAUCUGGGGCGUUAUCUGGUUCCUCGCUGUCCCUGAAGAUAGGUUUUGGGUCCUCGAGAUACCUCGUGGCUUCAUCUGGAAACUGAUCAAGUUAGCCACGUUAUGUUGUAUUGCAGCAUUGUCUACCUGCAUCACGAUCUUCUAUUCUGGUGCUAUGUCGGCUAUUUCUGUUCUCAUAUUUGUCGCAUCGUGCUCGAUAACCAUCAGCUGGUCCUGGCAUACCUUAUCGGCGUUUCCGCCUGACAACGACACAUUGACUUUGUUGUCCUUCUGCGGUCUUACACUCGCGUUCAUCGCGCUUAUACAUACCCAGGUCAUCUCGGAAGACCGUCGUCGCAAGCAACACGCAAUCUUUUCUGACACGCCUAUUCCUCUCAUUGGACUGAUGAUCUUGAUUUUCUGCAUUCGCUUCCUGAUUUGGCUGGGCCAUGUCACUAAUGUCGCCUACCAUCCCAUCGAUUUACUUAUACACGAAGCAAGCGAUCUUCACAAAGCAUAUACGGGACGAGCAUACUCAAGUGCGAACCUUACAGAUGCCGUGAUCGUAUAUCGGCAUCGUUACGGCAGGAACCCACCACCGAAUUUUCAUGAAUGGUAUAGAUACGCUAUCGGACGUAACUCUCUGAUCAUUGACGAAUUUGACAAGAUUAAUGAAGAUCUGUUGCCAUUCUGGACAUUGGUUCCGUCCGAGAUCCGAGACAGAACAUGGCAGACAACAUCCAAUCCAUGGAACGAUGUCUCUGGGAUCAGCAUACGGAAAGGCAAAGCUGAGAUCAGUCCACACGCCAUGGCUACUCACAGAUGGAUGCUUGAUGGUAUUGUCGACAUGAUUAGUCACUUCAGCGAAUUCCUGCCAGACAUGGACUUGGGUUUCAAUGUGAAUGACGAGUGCCGCGUCGCUGUGCCAUAUGAAAACAUACAAGCAAGAAGGCAGGCUGGCAAUCAGAGGACUGAUCUUGACAAGAGCACACGAAACUCGUUUAGUGAGCAGCGCGGAGAUGCUUGGAAACCAAUACCAGAAGAAUCGAGCGGUAUCACUCCAUUCAUAGAGAUGUCGUGGCAGAAAACAUUCAACGAGUUUGGAGUGACUGGUUGUCCACCAGGCUCUGCCGCACGCAGCUCGCUGCAUUGGGACACUAGUCACUUGUGCACAUCAUGCGUGGAACCACACUCGCUAGGUGCAUAUCUGUCUAAUUGGACACUGAGUGCGGAUAUCUGCCAUCAACCCGACAUCGCAAAUCUGCAUGGCUUCUAUCUCUCGCCUGCAGCCUUCAAAGCGACUCACGAAUUGUACCCUGUGUUUUCACAAUCCAAGGUUCAUGGCUACAACGACAUCUUGUACCCAUCUGCUUGGAAUUACAUGGACAAGGCAAAAUACAAUCCUAACGAUGAACAUCCUGAUCUCUCCUGGGAUGACAAGAUACGAACGCUUUUCUGGCGUGGUGGCACCUCGGAGGGCGUCUCAUGCUUCACAGGUGUUUGGAAGGGCAUGGCCCGUCAGCGCUUCAUGCACCUGGCUAACAAUAUCGCUUCCACCCUUCCAGCACAGCCAAUUCUUCUCCCUUAUCCUUUCGCCAACAGACGCAAAAAGCUUGCUUAUGUCGACGUACCAGCCUCCGAGCUCACCAAGCACGUCUCUGUGGACGUCAAGCUGGUGGAACACAUCGUUCGCUGUGGUGGCCCUGACUGUGAAGAUCAAGAGCAUCACUUUGCACCCAUGGUCCCACCAACAGACUUCCAAACACAUUGGUCCUAUCGCUAUCUGCUCGACCUCGACGGCGCCGCCUUCUCAGGUCGCUUCAUACCCUUUUUGCAAUCCCGCAGUCUACCUUUCAAAGCAGCAUUGUUCCGCGAGUGGUGGGACGAUAGACUGACACCAUGGCUGCACUUCGUACCUCUCGACCUUCGCGGUCACGGAUUCUGGGCCACGCUAGUCUACUUCAUGGGUCUAGAAAGCAAAGUUCAAGGAAAACAAGUCAUGCUGCCUGCUCACGACAAGCAAGCCGAAUAUAUCGCUGAAGCAGGACGAGAGUGGUCGAACAAGGUAUUGAGAAAAGAAGACAUGGAGAUUUACAUGUUUAGGCUUCUGUUGGAAUGGGGUAGGAUGACGGAUGACAAGAGAGAUGAAUUGGGGUUGGGUGUUGAAGAGGCCGAGAGGAUUGGACAGGAAUGGGUGAAGGGUGGGAAGAUGUAUUAUGGUGAUAAACAUACAUAG